AUGUUCUCUCUUCUGUUGGCUUGCGCUUCAAUUCCUGUUGCUCUCGCAGCACCAGCCAAGACUUCCAACAUCACUUCAACCCAGGACUCCUUCGACUAUGUCAUUGUUGGUGGUGGCCUUGCUGGUCUGACUCUUCCCAUGGUCGCCGGCAAGACUCUCGGUGGGUCUGGCAGCAUCAAUGGUGCAAGCUGGACAAAAGAACCAAAGACUCGAUACGACCUCCUUCCACUACUCACCGGUGAUAUGUCGUGGGGAUGGGAUGGUUUGAACCAGUAUAUGCUUGGCGCUGAACAUUUCCACACUCCUUCGAACUACUUGAAGUCUAAAGGAGCUAAUCACGAUGGCGACAAGCACGGCUACAGCGGUCCCGUUCAGGUCUCUUUCGCUCAGGGCAUGUUUGGCAGUAUCCAACAACCCGCCCUCAAUGCUUCUCAGCAAAUUUGGGGUCUCGGACAUGUCGAUGAUGCUGUCUCCGGAAUUGUGAAUGGUGUCACGACUAUAUCCAACAUGAUCCGCUGGAGCAAUACUUGCACGGACGCAGAGCCUGAGUGUGUUUUGUCGGCAGACGGUAUUCACUACCAAGCUUUCCGCAACAGUGAGAGGCUUUUUGUCAAGGCAACUCGUGAAGUUCUUCUUGCUACUGGUUCCAUGCAGAGCCCUCAACUCCUUGAACUUUCCGGUGUCGGCGAUCCAGCAAUCUUGAACAAGGCCAACGUUCCUGUGCAGAAGAGCCUCAAGGGCGUGGGCAAAAAUCUCCAAGAGCAGACCAAGAACACAAUCACCUAUAUACCCAAGUCAGAAGACCUCGAAGGCUCAGGACCCUCAUCAGCCAUUGCAAUUCCCAAUACUCUUGCCAGCUUAGCCUCAUACGCAGCUGAUCUCGAAGCCCAAGGUCUCAUCGUCAACGCCACUGCCACGCACGAAAUUCUCAAAUACCAAGUCGCAAAUCUGUUCAAUCAGAGCGAAGCCGCGGCCGAAAUCUUCUUCACCUUGGCCUCGAAGACAGACUCUGCUCCUGCGACCGUGGGCGCCGAUCUCUGGAACCUACCCUCGUACUUCAACCACCCCUUAGACCUGCGAUUGCAGACUCUGGCAACCAAGCAAGCCGCCCAAGUUUACUCUACCGCUCCUUUGGCAGAUAUGGUCGAACGACGUGUCUUUCCAGCUUCCGAGUUAGAAUCCUACGAAGCUUGGGAAGCCUUUGUCAAAGACACGUUUAUUUCUGCAUGGCACCCCAUUACUACAUUGAGUAUGAUGAAGGCGGAGAUGGGUGGAGUGGUGGACAACAGGUUGAAGGUGUAUGGGUUGGCGAACGUGAGGGCUGUGGAUGCUAGCGUGUUGCCUGUGCAGUUGUCUGCACAUUUGAGCUCUAGUCUUUACGGAGUUGCGGAGAAGGCUGCUGUAAUGAUCGAAGAGGAUCAGAAUUGA